AUGCAGCAGCAGAAGCCGACGUGGGUAGACCGCGUCACCAUUGGUAGGCUCUUGUGGUGGGGCGGCGUCAUACGACUGCUCCUCAUCAUAUACGCACAUUUUCAUGACCGCUACUUCCGCGUAAAGUAUACGGAUAUCGACUAUAUGAUCAUCGUGGACGGUGCGCGGGAGAUGUGGGGGGGCGGCUCACCGUUCGACCGCACGACGUUCCGCUACACACCUCUCCUUGCCGUCCUCAUGCUGCCGAGCGUGCUGGUGGCUAAUCCAAUAGGGAAGGUUCUGUUCGCCUCCUGUGAUCUGGGUGCUGCGUACUACUGCUACGAUGUCCUGGUGAAGUUUGCAACGGAGAAAAGCGCAAAAUUGAUGGUGUCACUUUUCAUUCUUUUCAAUCCCAUCGUCUUGAACGUCUCGACACGCGGGAACAGCGAUAUGCUGAUCACCUUUAUGAGCCUCCUCGUACUGUCGAAAUUUUCGCAAUUCAAGUACUACCAAGCUGCCGCCAUUUUGGGCUUUGCUGUCCAUUUCAAGAUUUAUCCCGUAAUCUACGCUCUCCCGUUGGUGCUGGGCUUGUGGGAGCGGGCUGAAACUGCUAACACUUUACAGCGAUUUGCACGCGUGGCGCCAGUGGCGAUCCUCUGCGGUAUCAUUGCUGUUGUUUCCUUCGCAGUCCCCACCUACCUAUGUUACUGGUGGUUUGGCCAGCAGUACCUGGAUGAGGCGUUUAUUUACCACGUGUACCGCGAGGAUCACCGCCACAACUUCUCCCCUUACUGGCUGCUCAUGUACUUGAAUAUGGCGCGCCGUCAUGUAGGCGUUGGAGUUGACUACUCACCUGGCCUUUUCGCGUUUGUGCCACAAGCCAUCGUUCUCUUCUUUGUUUCGUUUAAGCUGCGCCGAAACAUCGCCCAUGCAUGCUGCAUUCAAACGGUACUUUUCGUCGCGUUCAACAAGGUGUGCACAGUGCAGUACUUUGUGUGGUUUAUCCCAUUUCUGGCGUUUCUCUUCUGUGAGCCGCUGGGUGAGAAAGGGGGUGCGCACCGCCCGGGACUACUCAAGAUUGUGGCAGUCAUCGCUUCGUGGGCAGCAACGAUUCCACUGUGGGUUGCCACCGCCGUUCCAUUGGAGUUUCAUGGCUACAGCGACUUUGGGCGGCUUUGGAUCGUGUCGUGUGUGUUCUUCCUAGCGAUGGUUGGGCUUGCAGCGUGGCUCGCACGCAUCGCCUACCGUGUUCAGGCGAGUGCCGCGCGAGCUAAGACAGUCAAAGUUGCGUAG